AUUCCCUGGUUAGCGACGACUCUUCCCUGGAGCUAACAGUGCGAGGCAGGUCGAACGUGCUGGGCUUCGUGGGUUGUCCCUUGUCUCUUGGAUGCUCGAAUUUCUGCAAGACUGACGGUGGCUGAAAUGAUUGGAAACAGGACAUCGCUCACGAUAUUUCCCCGAUCUUCGGCUACGGUUUGAUGUUAAUCUUUGUCUCCAUGACCAAUUUAUUGUUGCUCUCGUCGCUGGUCAGCCUUAUGAGCAUGAGUCUAGAAGGGGUCAUGGCUCAUGCGAGAGAAGAGUACCUCUUUCAACUGUCGAUCUACGUCUUGGAAAGCAGCAAUUCGCGAAGGCUGACCUACUUCAUGCCCCCUUUAAACCUCAUCCCUCUUCUCUGUAUCCGGCCCUUGAGGCUCUUCCUGUCUGCAGAGCAUAUUCGCCGAGUCCGCAUCGUGUUGCUCCGAGCAACCCACCUACCGUUUGUUGCACUGAUUUGGGCCUAUGAAUCUAGCCGCCGCUAUGUUUCGCGGCGAAAUAGUCAGUUUCCACCAACGGCUACGACAGGAGGGAGCAGUCGCCCGACCUCGUCUUUCCAAGCGGGCUUCCCUCCCUCCACGCACCAUGCCCCGCUGCAGAGCUCCGCAAGUGAGGGGCAGUUCUCUAGACCUACAAGAUCCAAGGAGCGCUCUCACUCGGAGAUACGCGGAUCAUUUCCAGGGCAGGCUGGACCGGUUGACAUUCCGGAUAUGGUCGAUGAAAUAGAGAGAUUGCGAGUUCAAGUGGAACGAGUGGCUACAACCGUGGCCUUUCUCCAUCGAACUCAUUAACAAACGCUAAGUUAGCCCUUCCCAGCUGGCGAGGGGCUAGGCUAGAACAUGGAGACGGUUGUGCCGUAGGCCUGUUAGGCACACGCACUCGCCGCAGGGCCGGCUUCAUAGCCUAAGCUUUAGCGCGAGCACCGGCCAGCGACCAACUCGAAAAUGGCUUACGUUCUUGAGCUUCGAAGCCUUC